CUUUCUUUGCUCUCACUCCCUCUCUCCACACACUCUCCUUCCCUCCAUCUCUUUUUGCCCCUCAGUUUCAGACCUUCUCUCACAAUGAAGAAGCGGUGUGUGGAUGUGCUCCUGCUCUUUGUCUGCACAGCGUCUCUGCUGCCUGUGGGUGGUGCUCAGAGCGACUUCACCUGGCAGCACAAUGGGCAAGUGUUCAGUCUGCGCAGCCGAGGAUCUGCGUAUCGACCGGGACGCGUCAGGACCAAUCAAAGCAGCCCGAGCAGCCCCAGGACCAAUCAGAACAGCUCGAGCAGCCAAAGCAGCCAGAGCAGCCAGAGCAGCCAGAGCAGCCAGAGCAGCCCGAGCAGGCCUGCCACUAACAGCACUGAUGCUAACCGACGUGUCCCAGCAUCAAGCGGGACGCAUCAGCUCCGUGUGGAGGCGAGCCAGCGACGGGUGGAGCAACCGGAGCAAUUUGCCCAGGCAGACGCCAUGGUGGGAGACGAUCCGUACAACCCGUAUAAAAACUCCAACUACUACCCCUGGUACAACUACUACAACUCAUACUACCGCCCUCGGCACCGCACAGCACCACGCCACGGCUAUGGCACCAGCUACCACCAGCACGGCCUCCCUGACCUGGUCCCAGACUCGACCUACCUGCAGAGCGGCGCCUACGUCCAGAGAGUCCCAAUGUACAACCUGCGCUGUGCAGCAGAGGAGAACUGCCUCGCCUCUUCUGCCCAUUACGCUCAGGAUUAUGACACCAGAGUCCUGCUGAGGUUCACUCAGAGAGUCAAGAACCAGGGCACCUCCGACUUCCUCCCCUCCAGACCUCGCUACGCCUGGGAGUGGCACUCUUGUCACCAUCACUACCACAGUAUGGAUGAGUUCUCUCUGUACGAGCUUCUGGACUCAGGGCACCGGGCUGUGGCCGAGGGACACAAGGCGUCGUUCUGCCUUGAGGACACGUCAUGUGACCCGGGAUACUACAGGAGGUACGCCUGCACCUCCCACACCCAGGGCUUGAGUCCGGGCUGUUAUGACACGUACAGCGCCGACAUCGACUGUCAGUGGAUCGACAUCACCGACGUGUCUCCGGGAAAAUACAUCCUCAAGGUGACCGUGAACCCGCGACACAGAGUCCCAGAGUCAAACUACAACAACAAUGUGGCCCAAUGUGACGUGCACUACACCGGCACGAGCGUGCACGUGUCCGGAUGCACCACCACAUCACACUGACAUCUGGAGCAGAGGAGACUCACCUGACUCAACAUUCUUCAUGUUUAAUUUAAGAUAAAAAAACAUUUAAAUAUUUUCAAAUUUAUACUUUAUGAAGUGGAUGUUUUAUUUAUGAACUUUUGACUCAUUUAAAGCUGCCAUGUUUAAGUCUCCCUCGUGUGGCAGGGGUGGGUCAGAUCACAUGGCAGCGUUAAGGUCUCAAAUAAAACUAUUGAAUCAUAAAUGACACAGUUGAUUUGAAAAAUGCAGUUUGUGUUUUGUGACUUUU